UACCAACUAAAUUAUCCCACGAAGUUUUCUUAGAUGGAAACAAACGGGGCCCAAGGGACAUCUCAUGUUUCCUCCUUUGGCAGAGCCUGUGAAAUUACGGCGUAGAAAAAGAAUUCCUCGAAAGGCGUCUUCUCGGGACAUUUCCCCUGAUCGAGCUUUAUGAAGGAAGGCAUUUUCCGUUUCCCAUCAGACCAGGGCGAAAGGGCGUAGGACACCACACCCACCGCCCCUGAUUUCCACGAUCGAAAAGGAGAAUCGCAGAAAUCUGACUCUGAGAAGCGGAGGGGCAAGAAAGAGGGGAGAUGAGGCUCAAAACGUACGCGGGGGCGAGUUUCGCCGGCGCGGUGGCCAUCAUAUACCAUGCCUUCAACAGCAGGAGGCAGUUCUACCCGGCCAUGCUCUACCUGUCGACGUCCAAGAUCAGCCUCGUCCUCCUCCUCAACAUGGGGUUCGUCCUCAUGUGCAUCCUCUGGAAACUUGUCAAGCGCCUCUUCCUGGGCUCCCUCCGGGAGGCGGAGGUCGAGCGCCUCAACGAGCAGUCGUGGCGGGAGGUCAUGGAGAUACUCUUUGCCAUCACCAUCUUCCGAGAGGAGUUCUCCGUUUCCUUCCUCGUUAUGGUAACCGCCCUCCUCCUGAUCAAAACACUCCACUGGCUGGCGCAGAAGAGGGUCGAGUACAUCGAGACGACCCCCACCGUCCCCACGCUCUCCCACGUCCGCAUCGUCUCAUUCCUGGUCUUCCUUAUCCUUGUUGAUUGCUCAUUUCUCUACAGUUCCGUUGCCCAUUUGAUGCGUAGUAGGGAGGCUUCUGUUUCCCUCUUCUUCUCCUUCGAAUACAUGAUACUGGUAACGGCAACUGUUUCAACAUUUCUCAAGUAUGUAUUCUAUGUUAGCGACAUGCUAAUGGAAGGGCAAUGGGAAAGGAAGGCCGUUUAUACAUUUUAUUUGGAGCUUAUCCGAGAUCUACUCCAUUUAUCUUUGUACCUCCUCUUCUUCCUUGUGAUUUUUGUGAAUUACGGUUUGCCAUUGCACUUGAUAAGGGAACUUUAUGAGACAUUCCGCAACUUCAAGAUUCGGGUUGCGGAUUAUAUUCGGUAUCGUAGGAUCACAUCAAAUAUGAAUGACCGUUUUCCUGAUGCAACUCCUGAAGAACUUAAUGUGACUGAUGCAACAUGCAUUAUUUGCCGAGAAGAAAUGGUAACAGCCAAAAAACUACGUUGUGGACACCUUUUUCAUGUUCAUUGCCUUCGGUCCUGGCUAGAACGACAACAAACAUGCCCAAUUUGUCGAUCCUUGGUUGUUCCUCCUGACAAUGGGGCUACACCUGUUGGAACACAAGGGAUUCAGUCUAACCAUCAUCAACAUGGUGGCUCAGAAGGAUCUGGUGCAGGAAGCAGUUCUGGUAACCAUGGUGAAGCAGCUUCUGGUAAUAACCUAAGUCAGCAUCAUGUAAGGAUGCAAGCUGCCAUUGCUGCUGCUUCUGUAUAUGGAAAGUCAUUUGUUUAUCCAUCACCAAAUGCAAUUAUUGGGUCUGAAGGUUGUGCACUCCCCCACUUUUACCUGCCAGUAGGGCCUGGUACAGAGGCUAGCAGUAGUGAGAGCAUGAGCUUGGCUGGAGAAGUUUCUGGAAAUUCAAACCUGCCAAUAGACACGUCUCAAGGUGAUGUAGGUGUACGAGAUUUGGCAUCUUCAUUAUACUUGUCUCAAUCAAAGGCUAAAGAAGUAUUUCUGGAACACCAGAUUGAGGUUUUGCAGAAGCAGCAGGAACUGCUAACGCGUCAGCUGGAUCUGUUAAGGGAGCAGCAGAAGCUUGCCUCUUCAAAGACAGAAAAUACUGAUGAUGGUGUGUCUAAGCAAUCGAACAAGGGUAAAUCACCCCUUGCGUCUGAAGCUGACGAUGUGGCACCCACUUCCAGUUUCCAACGGUAGCUGCCGUCAGUGUAUGUUAAAGAUGUAGACUUGAAUCUCUGACACAUUUGGAUGGAGUGGGAUCAUUUUUUUGUUUUGUUGCUAAAGGGUUAUCUGUUUUCCGUUUCGGAGGAUGCAUACACUUCAUUUUGUGUAUACUGAGAUACUACAUGAAAAUGUUGUUGCUCUGUUAUGUAAUAUUAGUUUCGAUUAAUCA